AUGCACGCGGCAUCGGAUGCAGGCGCGUCGAUGGCAGAGAAGCAGCUAUGUCAGAACGGCGAGAUUCCGAUGCAACCCUUAUACCUCGCGAUGGUGGCCGUGGUUGUUCUACUGCUCGUGCUCAGAAUCUGCCGGGCCAGCGCACCUGGGCUGUUUCCACGGGUAGGUGAUACGAUCGGGCGAAUUUCGUAUGCUGCCGGCCUUCUCUUGCGUCCUCCGCCCGCCUCUUUCUUCUUUCUAGUCUGCUUCGUGUUGAUUGAAUCUACGUGGUUGCUCAUGAAGGAUAGAGGCGAGAUCUGUCGAUUUCAACCAUGUGCGCAUUGA